GGGCAUCCGCGCCGGAAAGGGGCUGGCUGGGCGGGGCCGGGAAGCGGCGGUGGCGGCUGCGCGCGCGCGCGGGUGCGAACGGGGGGCGCCGCGAGGGCCGGGGCGGGCCGGGCGGUGGGGACGACGGACGGCGACGAUGGCCGCGGCGGCGGGCAGCGGCGGGUUGGGGGCGGCGGCGGGCGCCACGAGUGCAGGAGGUGCGGCGGCGGCCGCAGGCCUGGCCGUUUAUCGGCGGAAGGACGGGGGCCCGGCCAGCAAGUUUUGGGAGAGCCCGGAGACGGUGUCCCAGCUGGAUUCGGUGCGGGUCUGGCUGGGCAAGCACUACAAGAAGUAUGUUCAUGCAGAUGCUCCUACCAAUAAAACGCUGGCUGGGCUGGUGGUACAGCUUCUUCAGUUCCAGGAAGAUGCCUUUGGGAAGCAUGUCACCAACCCGGCCUUCACCAAACUCCCUGCAAAAUGUUUCAUGGAUUUCAAAGCUGGAGGCACCUUGUGUCACAUUCUUGGGGCUGCUUACAAGUAUAAAAAUGAACAGGGAUGGCGGAGGUUUGAUCUUCAGAAUCCAUCCCGAAUGGAUCGUAAUGUUGAAAUGUUUAUGAACAUUGAAAAAACAUUGGUGCAGAGCAAUUGUCUGACCAGACCCAACAUCUACCUCAUUCCAGACAUUGAUCUGAAGUUGGCUAACAAAUUGAAAGAUAUCAUCAAACGACAUCAGGGGACAUUUACUGAUGAGAAGUCAAAAGCUUCCCACCACAUUUAUCCAUAUCCUUCCUCACAAGAGGAUGAAGAAUGGUUGAGACCAGUGAUGAGAAAAGACAAGCAGGUGUUAGUGCAUUGGGGGUUUUACCCAGACAGCUAUGAUACUUGGGUCCAUAGUAAUGAUGUUGAUGCAGAAAUUGAAGAUCCACCAAUUCCAGAAAAGCCAUGGAAGGUUCAUGCGAAAUGGAUUUUGGACACUGAUGUUUUCAAUGAAUGGAUGAAUGAGGAGGAUUAUGAGGUGGAUGAGAACAGGAAGCCUGUGAGUUUUCGUCAGCGAAUUUCAACAAAGAACGAAGAGCCAGUCAGAAGUCCAGAGAGAAGAGAUAGAAAAGCAUCAGCUAAUGCUCGAAAGAGGAAACAUUCGCCUUCCCCUCCGCCUCCCACACCCACAGAAUCCCGGAAGAAGAGUGGGAAGAAAGGCCAAGCUAGUCUUUAUGGGAAGCGCAGAAGUCAGAAAGAAGAGGAUGAGCAGGAAGAUCUUACCAAGGACAUGGAAGACCCAACCCCUGUACCCAACAUAGAGGAAGUCGUGCUUCCGAAAAAUGUAAACCCAAAGAAAGAUAGUGAAAAUACACCUGUUAAAGGAGGAACUGUAGCAGAUCUAGAUGAACAAGAUGAAGAAGCAAUCACGACAGGAGGAAAGGAAGAUGAAGAUCCUAGCAAAGGUGAUCAGAGUCGGUCAGUUGACCCUGGUGAAGAUAAUGUGACAGAGCAGACCAAUCACAUUAUCAUUCCUAGCUAUGCAUCAUGGUUUGAUUAUAACUGUAUUCAUGUGAUUGAACGGCGUGCUCUUCCUGAGUUUUUCAAUGGGAAAAACAAGUCGAAGACUCCAGAGAUAUACUUGGCAUAUCGAAAUUUUAUGAUCGACACAUAUCGCCUAAACCCUCAAGAAUAUUUAACUAGCACUGCUUGUCGGAGGAACUUGACUGGAGAUGUGUGUGCUGUGAUGAGGGUUCAUGCCUUUUUAGAGCAAUGGGGGCUCGUUAAUUACCAAGUGGAUCCAGAAAGUCGACCCAUGGCAAUGGGACCGCCUCCGACUCCUCAUUUCAAUGUAUUAGCUGAUACUCCAUCUGGGCUUGUGCCUCUACAUCUUCGAUCACCACAGGUCCCUGCUGCUCAGCAGAUGUUAAAUUUUCCUGAGAAAAACAAGGAAAAACCAAUUGAUUUGCAGAACUUUGGUCUUCGUACUGAUAUCUACUCCAAGAAAACCUUAGCAAAGAGUAAAGGUGCUAGUGCGGGAAGAGAAUGGACUGAACAGGAAACCCUUCUACUCCUGGAGGCCCUGGAGAUGUACAAGGAUGAUUGGAACAAAGUAUCAGAACAUGUUGGAAGUCGUACUCAGGAUGAAUGCAUCCUCCACUUUUUGAGGCUUCCCAUUGAGGACCCAUACCUUGAGAAUUCAGAUGCUUCUCUUGGGCCCUUGGCCUACCAGCCUGUCCCCUUCAGUCAAUCAGGAAACCCAGUCAUGAGCACUGUUGCUUUUUUGGCAUCUGUGGUGGACCCUCGUGUGGCAUCUGCUGCAGCAAAAGCAGCUUUGGAGGAAUUUUCUCGGGUUCGGGAAGAGGUACCACUGGAAUUGGUUGAAGCUCAUGUGAAGAAAGUACAGGAAGCAGCACGAGCCUCUGGGAAAGUGGAUCCCACCUAUGGCCUGGAGAGCAGCUGCAUUGCAGGCACAGGGCCGGAUGAACCAGAGAAACUUGAAGGAGCUGAAGAGGAAAAAAUGGAAACAGAUACUGAUGGUCAGCAGCCUGAAAAGGCAGAAAAUAAAGGGGAAAAUGAAACAGAUGAAGGUGAUAAAGCACAAGAUGGAGAAAAUGAAAAAAAUGGUGAGAAGGAACAGGAUAGUGAAGUUAGUGAGGAUGCCAAAUCAGAAGAAAAGGAGACUGAUGAGAACAAGGAACUCACUGAUACUUGUAAAGAAAGAGAAAGUGAUAUUGGAAAGAAAAAAGUAGAACAUGAAAUCUCUGAAGGAAAUGUAGCCACAGCCGCAGCAGCUGCUCUUGCCUCAGCUGCAACCAAAGCCAAGCACCUGGCUGCUGUGGAGGAAAGGAAGAUCAAGUCUCUGGUAGCUCUCCUGGUUGAGACGCAGAUGAAGAAGCUAGAGAUCAAACUGCGACAUUUUGAGGAGCUGGAGACUAUCAUGGACAGAGAGAAAGAGGCUUUAGAACAACAGAGGCAGCAGUUGCUUACUGAACGCCAAAACUUCCACAUGGAACAACUGAAAUAUGCUGAAUUGCGAGCCCGACAGCAAAUGGAACAGCAGCAGCAUGGGCAGAACCCUCAACAGGCACACCAGCAUUCAGGAGGACCUGGCCUGGCAACACUUGGAACAGCAGGGCACCCUGGCAUGAUGCCUCAUCAGCAGCCCCCUCCCUACCCUCUGAUGCACCACCAGAUGCCGCCACCUCAUCCACCCCAGCCAGGUCAGAUACCAGGCCCAGGUUCCAUGAUGCCUGGGCAGCCCAUGCCAGGCCGAAUGAUUCCCACUGUUGCGGCCAACAUCCACCCCCCUGGGAGUGGCCCUACCCCUCCUGGUAUGCCUCCAAUGCCAGGAAACAUCUUAGGACCCCGGGUACCCCUCACGGCACCUAAUGGCAUGUAUCCCCCUCCGCCGCAGCAGCAGCAGCCACCACCACCACCUGCAGAUGGAGUCCCUCCACCUCCUGCUCCAGGCCCACCAGCCUCAGCUGCUCCCUAGCCUGGAAGAUGCAGGGAACGUCCACACCCAGCACCACCAGCUGGAGUAGGGAUGACAAGACUUGUGUUCCUCAGCUUCCUUGGAUUUCUUUCAGGACUUUUCUUCUCAUAGCCCCAAGCUCACAUCCCUUAUUUCCCCAUUUCUCUUGCCACCCCUCUCCAUGCUCUGACUCCUCUUGUGUUAGGUCCUCAGCCAACACUCAAGGGGUAGCCUGUGGUGACUGUGCCCUGGUCAUCCUAAAAAUAACCUGCGUCUCCCCUGUCCUGGUGUGGGGUAUACUGACAGUUUAUCUGCAGGUCCUGUCAACAUUAGUAUCCUAUGUCUUUAUCAUUUUUGCUCUCCUGCAGUUUUUUGCUUUGUCUUAUGCUUCUAUGGAAAAUGCUUUAUAAUCAUUAUCCUUUUUUUUUUUUUUGUCAUUAUUGCUUUAAAGGAGAACUUCCUAAGUUAAUAGGAACCAAAAAAUGGUGAUGAGCAGAGGGGAUAGCCAGAGGGGACAAACCUUAAGGCAUUAUAAGUGACCUUAUUUCUGCUUAUCUGAGCUAAGAAUGGUGCUGAUGGUGAAGUUCCAUGAGAUAUUUGCCACACAUAGACGCACCAAAAUUAAAAGAAAUGGGGAAAGGGACCCCAUUGAUUUUUAUCCCUAGUGAGGACUGUGAAGGCUUCCACCCACCUGGCAGAACAUCCCCCUUUAGUACAUGGUAGGGAGAGCACAGGCGCCAGAACAGAUCUCCUUCCCCAGGCCCACUGGUUCUGGUUUUCUAUGCAGAUAGUUUGUUGGAGUGGGGGUGGGUAUUUUGUUUUCUGAGAGCAGUGUGAGCUUUGAGGGCUGGGAUUUUGGGAGGCAUUCCUAAGUUCCCUAGACUAGCCAGGAAAGUUUUAGGAGUCUGUGGCAAUGGCCACCCAAUGAAUCUAGCCCACUAUUCACUGCUUUGUAUGCAUUUUUUUCCUCCCUCUUUAAAAACCUUUAAAAAGAAAAAAAAAGUAAGUAGAUAGUGCUAAUAAACAUUUUAGCUCAUGGAACUUGGUUAGAAUGGCUGGGGGUACACGUCCCCAAACUACCUCUUGCAGUAGCCAGGGUGAGUGGAACUUAGUGAAGCGGUACUUUAGGUUUGGGCUGGGAUUGGAGAAGUGGGGUAGGAUCAACAGCCUCUCUUACCUUCUCCCUUCCCUUUCUGAGAUCCCACAUUCCAUCCAUCACAGGGUUGUCAAGGAGAUGCUGGGGGUACCAAGGAACUCACUGGGCAAUCAGAGCAUCAAGCUUUGAGGGUUAGGGUGCUUGGGCUGGGAGAGUAGAAUGCCAUUCCAGAGGAAGAGCCACAAAAAUGCCUUAAUUUGAGCCCAUUUCUACCCCUGCUGAUGAGUGACUUGAGAAUUCUUGUUUUUUUCCUGUCCUUUUUCCCUCCCCUCUGUCCUUCCAUGGGUGGGGAAAGGGUGUUUUUGAUAGAGCUUGAUUUCCAAAGCACCAGGCCUCUUCACUUCACAUUCUUAAGUGGCUGUUUCAUUAUUUAGAAUGCAAAGUGGAACAUCUUUUUCUAUAUAUUCUAUAAAGCUUUACAUAUGAGAGGGUGUAGGGAGGUGUUUCUAAAACACCUUACAACUUUUUUUCUUAAUAUCAGAAAGCAAAAAAAACCCACAAUUUAGAUUUGCCUUUCAGAACCCUCAGGUGUUACCUCUAACCAGGUGGUCCUGGUCACCAUCAGAGUACUGGAACCAAGGAGACCUUGUUCCUUUUGUCUGUUUGUUCUGGACUCUCGGAGUGGAAAUGAGCUUGUUCCUACUGGAGUUUAGUUCCAAUGCAUUUGCCUCCAGAAAGACCCCAGUGCCUCUUGACAAUGGCCAGGGUUUUCCGUGUUUCCCACCAGUCUUUCCCAAAGGAAACUCAUUCCAAAUACUUACCUUUUCCACUGAGGUCUUAGAAGGAAAAUGGAAUUCUGGUUCAUACUGUGGUCCCUUGUAACCUCAGGUCUUUAAUGUGAUCACUUUCAAAUUUAAAAGAUCCAGGUGGAAAUAUUUUUACUAUGCUGGUAAUACUUCUACAGAAUACCUGAAUUCUUAACACUGUUAUGUUUCAGUAUAAGUGGUGACUUUUUCUUUUCAUGUCUUUGAUCUGGUUUUGUCCCUGUAAUACAGCCGACCCAAUUUUGUGAGGGGGAAUAAUAUGUGGUUUUUGUACAAACAUGUUUCUCUGUGUGUUGUUAUUUGGAAAAAUGAAGGGAGGGAGUUUCGGGAGAUUGGAGGAAAUUGAUCAAGAAAGCCUAAUCUCCCCUCUUAUUCAGUGAAUAAAUGGAACAUCGUUUCUGGAUUCUAAUCCUA